AUGAACUGGGCGCGAUUAGGAGCGGCGAGGCCCGUCUCAGUCCGGCCCAUCCCGAAUAAGCCAGGAUACCUGUCUUCCUCGAUCACUGCCGCCACGCCCGACCAGGGCCAAGAAAACACUCAACACAUUCUAGCGCCCGGCCGUUUCUCAUCAGCGCAUUCUAACGCAGAUCUACAUCAGAACGGUCUUCUGACUGUAUCGAGCAGUUUCGCCUAA